AAGUGAUUUAACCUAUUGAAGUUUCUGAUAAGAAUACUCAAAUAUUAUUAUUAAAAAUCCACAAAAACCAACUUUAUAAAUAUGAAGAAUGGACGAUAAUGCAAAGAACACAUCGUCAUAUCACUUGGACCAAGAAAUACUCGAUGCACGAGGAAUCGACAUGACAGUGGAAGAAGUGGCUGGUCUACCAACUACCAAGUAUUCAGAACGCGUCCAAUCAUUGAAACUCAAGGAUGAAGAUCUUGCAUUCCUGAAGGGAUUACGUAGAAGAAUUAAAAAUAGGUUGGCGUCACAGAACAGCCGGCGGCGCAGUAUGGAGCACCUACGGCGGUUGACACGGGAGCUGCGAGCGGUGAGGGCCUGCAGGGACGACGCGCUGGAGGAGAGACGGGCUCUCGUGCUGCAGAGAGACGAGGCUAGGGACCGGUGUCAGAGGCUGAGGCAGUAUGUCGCUAAGAUAUUAAAAGAACGCCGGGAUCCAACAGAAAUUCCUACCAUAGACACAAACGCCUUAUCAUCACAGCCGCCCGAAUCUCCGCCAGAGCCGCCCAAAAAGAAACGCAUAGCUGUAACAGAAACAAAAACUCCCUUCCUCUCAGAAUGUUUCAACAAGAUAGAAAGAGACAAGAACAUAUUCGAAUGCCGCAUAGACAAACUGGUGCAGCAAAGCGUGAACCAUAUAUACAAAACAGAGAAGAAAGUUUACGCGAAAACUGUUUUUAUCACAAACGAGAAAUACAGCUCGAACGUCAAGUCUAUGGUUUUGACAGAUAACAUAGGGGAGGAUUUGAAGGCGUUUGGGGAGUUGAAGGGGAUGCUGGAGUAUGAGAAUGGGGAAGUUUUGAAUUUGUGCGUGAAGGAGGGUAGGAGAAAAAGUCAUGGGAGGAAGCAGUCGGCGCCUAGACGGAUCGCGUACUGUUGCAGCGAUAGUAAUGAUGGCGUCCUGGAUUUGAAAAUAAAAAAAGACAGUCAGUGACGUUCGAUAGGGCGAGUAAUAAUUGUUUACCAGACCAAAUAAUAACAUAGUAUGUAUACAAUUUGUAGCUCUUAAGGAUAUAUAACGGUCAUAUAUAUAGAUAUAUAAAUACUGGGCACGUUUGUAUUAGUACAGUUAAACAGGUUUUAAUAUGAAUAAUUUUAUGGUAAAUAAUUUAUUUACCUCCCGACUUAUCGACUAGGUUGCUCAAUAAGUCUAUUGAUAUUUCGUUGGAUAAUCUAAUGAUUUAGUUGAACAAACUGCCGGCACCUAUCAACAUUGUCAUCGCAGCUACCCCAGUCAGUUCGUGACCACGGCUAGUGCAAACUA